AUGUGUGGGAUCUGCUGUGUUGUGAGUUUGACCUCGUCUCAGUGUUCGCUUCACGAUCAUGUCUAUGAAACUCUGCGUCGUCGGGGACCCGAUCACAGCCGGAACGUCACGGCGAGUUCAUCCAACCCAGAGUACAGUUGCCUUUUCUCUGCUCAUGUCCUCCAUAUGAGAGGAAGUCUGACCCCGCAACCUCUGCAAGACGACCACGGGAAUCUCCUUCUCUGGAAUGGCGAGGUCUUUGGCGGACUGGUGGUGGAACCUGAGGAAAACGAUACCCAAAUUAUUCUUGAUCGUUUGUCAGCGUGUAAAAGUCCGUCAGAUGUGUUGUCCGUCCUGUGUCAGGUUAAGGGACCGUGGGCGAUUAUCUAUUACCAGAAAGAGGAACAUUGCCUCUGGUUUGGGAGGGACUUCUUUGGGAGAAGAAGCUUGCUUUGGAGUUGGGGAACAGACAAGAGUUCCUUUACGCUGACGUCCGUGUCUAUUGGCUCACCGGAUCUCAAAUGUUCAGAGGUUCCAGCGGUCGGUGUUUUCAGAGUGGACUUAAAGAGCUGGUCACAGCGGGAAAGUCUAAAUAUUGAGGUUUAUUCAUGGGGUUAUCUUCAGUCGGACUUCAUCUGGGAAGGUCUUCCCAGUUUCGUCUCCUUCAUCCUGAACGAUUCUGUCCUGUCGUCUCCGGUUCCCCCCAUGAACAUGUCCAUAACCGGAGUGGAACCAAAUUCUUGCAAUUCCAGUCAAACAUCACUGGAUGAACUUACGGAGCUUCUAAAAAGCACCGGAAAGCGAGAAACAGUUUGUCGUCUCGUGGAUGUCCUCAGCGAGGCUGUACGCAGGAGGGUGCAGCACCUUCCCCAUCAAUUCAACCCCAAUCAAGCGCAAGUUGCCAUACUUUUUUCCGGAGGAAUCGAUUCCAUGAUCCUGACUGUUCUUGCUGAUCGCUACAUACCUCCGGACCAACCCAUUGACCUCCUCAACGUGGCAUUUAAACUCCAGGAACCAAAGACAAAUCAAGGCUCAGGGAAGAAAGGACGAAACACUAAAAAAGAUCACGCAAGUCAUGAGGUUUCCACAUCGCUGCAAACAAACUUCGACGUUCCGGACAGAAUCACAGGUCGGGACGGUCUGCGUGAACUUGCGGCUCUCAAUCCCGAACGGAAAUGGAACUUUGUUGAGAUCAACGUUACUCAAGAGGAGCUUAGGGAAAUGCGGGUGAAGAACAUCUGCCACCUCGUUCAUCCGUUAGACACCGUUCUGGACGACAGUAUCGGAUGUGCCAUGUGGUUUGCAGCCAGAGGAAGCGGCUUGGUAUCAGAGGGAACACGGCAGAGGCAGCACAGCUCUACCGCAAAGGUCAUUCUGACGGGCAUCGGGGCAGACGAGCAGCUAGCUGGCUACUCCAGACACCGAGUGCGUUUCAAAACCUCGGGUCUCCAGGGACUGGUCAAGGAGCUGGCUAUGGAGUUGGGUAGAAUUUCCUCCAGAAAUCUCGGACGAGACGACCGGAUUAUCGCGGAUCAUAGCAAAGAGGCCAGGUUCCCGUACUUGGACGAGGACGUGGUGAGCUUCCUGAACACGCUGCCGGUUUGGGAGAAAGCAGAUCUGUCUCUGCCCCGGGGACUGGGUGAAAAGCUCCUCCUGAGGCUGGCAGCCGUCGAGCUCGGACUCGGACCUUCUGCUGUACUGCCCAAGAGAGCCAUGCAGUUCGGGUCUCGAAUAGCCAAGCUGGAGAACAGCCGCGAGAAGGCUUCAGAAAAGUGCAGCAGACUGAUCGCCAGUUAGAGCACGAACUUUUAUUUUAUUUUGUUUCAUCAUGAGCGGUGGAUCCGAAUAUCUCGAUACAUUUUACUGUAAGAAUCUGGGUUUGAAUACUAGAUUAAAUAAACGUCUGGAUUUUGAA